AUGAUCGAACUUGCGCUUGUUAGCUAUAUCCUUCGUGGAGAUGGCAUUGGCCGACGGAUCUUCUCGACAGCGCGGAAAUUCGGCGGAUCACUCUUUGGCCUCACGUCAAAGCACCAGGUUCUUGUCCAUCUCCCAGGCGUGGAUCGUCUCAUGGAGCAAUCACUCCACGCUCUGAGUGCGGAGCCUGUUCAAUAUGCCCUCCUCACUCGCGUCUACGGUGGAGUUGGCUCGCCAGCUCUUAAAAAGAAGCUCGAGAACUCGUGGAGAGACUUUCUGCCUUCAAUGGAGAGGCGGUUUCUCAAUGAGAGCGGCGCCACGGCGACUAUUGAGAGAACUCAGCGCUGGGAGGUCUCUGCAGAUGUUCGAGCCAUCUCAACAGACUUACAGAAUUCUCCUGCAGUGGUAGAAGCCAACCUCCACAGUCUGGUCAGGGACUUUGGCGCUUGCAUUGCUAUCCCAAUCCUUUAUGGAAACGACUUCCUGGAUCGAAACCCACGUCUCCUGGAUGACUUGUGGAAGUUUGACAGUGACCUUUUCAUACCGCUGCUACUUGGAGUUCCCACGUGGGCCCCCUUUCAGGUGAUAAAAGAUGGACUAGGUGCCAGAUCACGGCUGCUAUCGGCCAUGGAAUCUCUCUAUCGCUGCAUCGACCAGUAUCAGCGAGGAGGACUCAUCGAUACAGAGUUUGAUCUUUCCGACGUCAAACGUGCUGCCGGAGACUUUUCCAUCCUUUGGGGCCAGAACGCCAACCUGCAGCCCAUGCUCGCCUGGUUUACGACCUUUGUCUACGCCACCCCAGGGCUGGUCAAGAGAAUCCGGGAGGAGACGGCCGCCUACAUCACACUCUCCACCACAACCCCUCUUGAGAUCAUCUCCAUGGACAUUCCUGGCUUGUGUCGCAGUUGUCAACUCCUAAAGGCCUGUAUCUUUGAAACGUACCGGAUAGCAAAUGAUCCAGCCGUCAUCAGACGCGUCGAGCGCUCAAUCACCAUCCAAGACGGCGAACUCCAACAUCAGCUCCAGGCAGGCUCCUUCAUCUCGAUGCCCACUUCGCUGGCCAACAGCGACCCAGCCAUAUUCGAGAAUCCUGACAAAUUCAUCCCGGAGCGCUUUAUCGAGAGAAAUUCAACGACUGGAAGCACGACUGCUCGAUACGGAACGCUGAGGCCGUGGGGUAUGGGGUCGUCAAUGUGCAAAGGGAGGACCUUUGCUCAGAAGCACAUGACGGUUGUGGGAGCUGCCAUCAUCAGUCUCUGGGACAUUGAGCCGGCGAGCGGGACUUGGGAAAUUCCCGUUAUGAUUCCAGGGUCCAGCGCCAAGAGGCCAGCCGAGGAUAUCCGCGUCGUCAUCAAGCGAAGGGUUCUGUGA